UCCUAACUUUGUUUCAGCGAGGAAACCUUUUCUGUGUUUGGAGUCCUGAAAUUCACGUUGUAGGAUCCUAAACCUUUACUCGAAAGGACGUACUUUAGUUAAAAAUGUUAAAUUUAGUUAGACAGUUGCGCACCCACCUGCUCACGUAGCCAAGGAGAGGAUUAUCCGUAAACCAGAAAUCAAGGCUUUGUUUUCACCUGAAAACCUCGGAAGGAUCGGUAUUUGGCCCCCUGGAUGUAUCCCACCAACCCCUGGUCCCUCACUCUGGAGCGUUAAACCCAGAAACGGCUGCUCUUUCUCAUUUUUACGCGUGGGUAAAAUCUGCCUGAAGGUGGAUCAGACCGAACUAAGCCACAGGUGUGUCGGAUGAAACAACAGGUAGGCUACAGCUGGGAAGUGAUGCAAACGGAAUUCAUUAGUCUACUGUUCACCUUGCAUUCACUCAAUCAUGAGGAGAACAAUAGGAGGCAUUUCUGACGAAUGAGAGGUGUGAUACAUGCUCCCAGCCUUGGAGUUGACGCGUUUUAAGUGCGGUUGCUAUUGUUGCAUCUUUUAUUACCACCGGCCCACUGGGAGCAGAGCAGGUCCAGAACUGGGGGAUACUGGUGAUGGAGUGGCGUGAGCAGUCCUCUGUCAGCUGUGAAGAAGCCUACUUUGAGGCGCAGAGAUGGAUUGAGGCUGUCACUGAGCAAAAAUUUGGGAACAACGACUUCCGAUCAGCGCUGGAAAAUGGAAUUCGGUUGUGUGAACUGAUCAACAAGAUCAAACCUGGUACCAUCAGAAGGGUCAACAGGCUUCCUACACCUAUUGCUGGACUGGAUAACCUAAACGUCUUCCUCAAAGCCUGCGGGAAGCUCGGACUAAAAGAGGCUCAGCUCUUUCACCCAGGAGAUCUUCAAGACUUGUCCACAAGAGUAACGGUCAAGCAUCAGGAGACCAACAGGAGGCUGAAAAAUGUUUUAAUCACCAUUUUCUGGCUUGGUAGACGGGCUCAGUUUGAUCGUCUCUAUAAUGGGCCUUACCUGAAUUUGAAGGCGUUUGAGGGAUUAUUGGGCACAGCGCUGUACAAGGCUCUGCAAGAAUCAGACGGCCAGAAGGGCAACAGCAUCAGAGACAGUGGGUUUGGGGAUAGUUGGUGCUCAGAGAGAGAGGAGCUUCACCAUCUGAGAGGAGGAGGUGGAGAAAGUGGAGGACACAGGAGAGACGACUCCCUGGACAGCUUGGACUCCGUGGGCUCCCGACCCCACAGCAUCUCCUCCGACACCACUCUGAAAGGCAGCAGUGAGGGUUGUUGUAGCGACACCAAAGCAGACUCCAUCUUCAAGAUGGCUAACAACCAAAACAACAUCAGCUACCGCCGGUCGCUCGUCAUCACGCCUAAAGCCAGCACGCAGUUUAACCAGUUCCUGCCUUCAAAGGACAAACCUUCAGGCUAUGUUCCCGCUCCGCUGAGGAAGAAACGGGCUGAGCGCAGCGAGGACAGCCGACGCAGCCUCUCCACCCUCAGUUACGCAGAGAAUGAAGGCCCGCUCACCAGAGAGCUCCAAACACAGGAGAGUAUGGAUGGGAGUAAAUCAACAUCCGAUAUCCUGGAGGAUGCCCCAGUUCUCCAUCAGAAUCGCUUUGAGGAGCUUCAGAAGUAUCGUGAGCAGAUUAAACGCAGUGAGGAUCGCUGGCAGGAUGACCUGAGCAAAUGGAAAAACAGACGCCGGAGUGUGAACUCUGAUAUAGUGAAGAAGAAAGAAGAAAGAGAGAAGAUUGAGCAGAUUACAUACGGCGCAGACAGAGGGUCCAAGUCCUUCAAGGAUGUGCAAGAGGAGAGAGAAAAUAAAGGAAGGAGCAGCAUCGGCAGCCGUCUGGGAUCGCUCUCUUUCUUAGGUGACAGCGAGGAAGUAUUUGAUGCACCUGUUGUUUCCUUAUUCACCAGAAACCGCCUUCCUAGGAGCUCCACUAUUGACACUCCUUACCACUCCUCUGAGUACUCUCGGAGAGCUGAAGAACCCCCUCCUGCCUCCCUGCCUACUCUUAGAGCUGCCUCCCCUCCCACUGCACAGGAAGCAGAAGCUGUGGACAGUCCUGCAGCCAGCAGCCCCACCAUCAUCACUCCUAUCAACCACAUCUCCGUCACCAAAUCCAGCCCUCCAGCAGAUGCACCAGAACACAAGAGUCAAGCCAAAGAACACGCCAUCAAAACAGAGGAGGCCACAAGUGUCGUCUCCUCUUCUAGCUCCACGCAGGAGGAGCCUGAGCCCGAGCCUUUGUUGUUGGGCGCACAGACUAAGGUGGAGGCCCCCUCCUCUGGUUCUCUGCAGAAAAAACCACCACAGUUCAGCUCAAUGGAGCCCAAACCUCCUGGGGUGUCUCAGGUUUCCGCCUCCCUCCCCAGGAGCUACCAGAUAUCGAAUGGCGCCCGUCUAACCUCGGUUGUCACACCGAGGCCCUUUGGGAGCCAGUCCUCCCGUAUCGCCUCUCUUCCCAGAGCCUACACGGUGGAUGACACCAGCAAGCGUGUCAACGGAAAUGUAGACGUUUCUAAGAAGGCCUCGGUACCGAGCCGGUAUCAGCAGUUCAUGACUUCUGAGGACGAGGCUCUGUCCAGCUCAGCACACAGCAGUGAAGAAGAAGAGGAGGAAGAGAAGACCAAAUCAGAAAGCUCCACCUCAAAUCCGAGCGUCUCAUCUGCUUCGUCUGACGUGAAGACUGAAGCUCCUGUCAGCUCUGCUCCAGCCAAAGAAACUAGCAAGAAGAACUUUUGUGACAUGCGUAUUAGCCUCAACCAGAAGCCCAACAGCAGCAGAGACUUUGGUUUUCAUGCAGCCUGGGACUCAACAGGCGCUCGGGUCACCUCCAUUCAACCAGGUAGCCCGGCUGAGAUGUGCCAGCUUCAGGUGGGGGAUGAGGUGCUAAUGGUGAACGGGCACAAGGUGGCAGAAAUGAGCUACACAGCCUGGAAGUCCUGCAUGGAGGAGGCUUUGCAGGAGGGCAGCCUGGUCAUGGAUGUCCGGCGUCAUGGCCAGAACAACUGGGACAGAGAUCAGCCUUCCCUGCCAUUUAAAAGCCAUAAGACCAUCAAUCUGACCAGUACGGAUCAUCCGAUACUUCUAGGUACCCCUGAAACGAAGACCGUCAGUUCCAGCCUGGACUUCACCUCACUCAGUUUCACAGAAACUGGACCAGCCAAGGAUGCUCCCACUCCUCUACUGGUGGAUGUGGCUUCAAACAGAGUUAAUGGCAAUCUCCAAGAGGAAUCAGUGACCAUGAGGAACAAAGAAUCAGAACCAAUGUCUUUGAAAAACUUAAAACGGAGGUCAGAGUUUUUUGAGCAAGGCGACUCAGGGUCCAGUGUCAGUGCACUGGUCUUCCUCUGUGGUAAACGGGGUUAUGUUCGCAGUGACCUUCUCACCUCUGGAGGAUCAGAGUCCACGGUGCCAGAUAUACCUGUUCCUGUCAUCACUCCAUCCUCCAGCCGCUGGUCUUGGGACCCAGAAGAAGAGCGCAGAAGACAAGAGAAGUGGCAAAAGGAACAAGAGCGCCUCCUACAGGAAAAAUACAGGCGUGACCAGGAGAAGCUGCAGGAGGAGUGGCUCAAGGCUCAGCAGGAGAUAUCAACCAGCGUGGGCCAACAAGAGCAGCCAGGGAGUCUCCAGGUGAACAGCCACAGUAUCCGCCCACGCUCGCCCCCAUCUUCAGCUCACCGGCCCACACCUCUGUGGGAGGAAGAAGAGCAAAAAGGGAAGUUGGAGGAGGAGCGUCAAAGGCAGGAGCAGGAGAGGAGAAAGAGGGAAGAGGAGGAGCGAGAGCUGCAGCGACUCCAGGAGGAAAGAAGGAGGAAAGAGAUGCAGGAGGAAGAGGAAAGGAUGAGAAAAGAGGAGGAGGAGUUGAGAUGGCAAAGGAGGAGAGAGGAAGAGAGGGAGGAGGAGAGGAGGCGACAGGAAGCUGUUGAGCAGCAGCGAAGAGCGAGAUUCCUGGAGCAGCAGUGGUCUGGCACCUCCCACGGCUUCGAUAGCGUUCAGCAUCCUCUGUCCUUUACAGACAGGGCGAGAUCCCAGUCAUCUCCUCAGCUCGAUGAAGAGGACAAACCUCAGCAGGGAGGUGCACACGAGCAGCCAGAGGGUGCGACUCAGUGGUUGCAGAGGGAGAAGCUGAGGAUUGCACGUGACAGACAGGCUCAAAGUCUGAGGAUUGUUAUGGAGUGGGAGAUGAGAAAUGAGUCAAAGCGAGCAGUGACAGGGGCUGGAGUCACAGAGAAGAAGGCCCAGCUGCCCUCCUCACAGGCUGAGGCGGAUCGGCAGCAGAUCCUCAACGAGAUGAAGAAGAAGACGCCGCUGCUUACAGACGGUAGCUGGAUCCGCCAGCGCUCCGCCAGCACGGUGAACAGUAAGGACAGCGACGUGCCACCAAUGCGCAGAGGUGAAUCUCUCGACAACCUAGAUGCUUCCUCCAACUCCUGGCACUCGUCGUCUCGGACCCCCAGGAGCAGCUCUUUUGCCCAGAACUACUCUCGACCUCAGUCAGCUCUCUAUAGCAACACUUCCUUUUACACGGGCGGGUCAGGAGCCCCGCGGCCCGUCUCCUCCACUCUUCCCUCCUCCCAUUCCACAGGCUCCCUCCGAGGUUGGACAGGAACCAACUCGUCCCCUUGGUCCCAGCCAAGCCCCUCCCUCUCUACUCCACCCCCCAUCACCUCUCCGGACCCCAUAAGCGAGGCAGGUGCUCCUCAGCAGCAGAGCAGGUCAGUGAGUGGCAAGAAAAUCUGUACGUUCUGUGACACCCCGCUGGGAAAGGGAGCGGCCAUGAUCAUCGAGUCCCUCGGGCUCUGUUAUCAUUUGGGCUGUUUUAAGUGUAUCGACUGUAAGUGCGACCUCGGCGGUUCCAAAGCCGGGGCUGAAGUCAGAAUACGAAACAAACAGCUCUACUGCAACUCUUGCUACGUGCGGUUCAAAAGUGGCCAGCCAACAUCAAUCUGACGUGAGCGUGCUCCAGCAGAUUGACGAGGAGACCACUUGUGACAACAACCCAUGAACUUUAAAGUGAACAGUGAAGCCAUUGCAGAUGACCAUGAUCCCUGGUUAGAGGCCUCUAAGGAACCCCAUUUAACUCACUAAUGAGGAUUGUAUUCGGUAUUACAGGGUGUUAAUGGAAAACUAUUUCAAACAUGUUAUCUUCUUGUGUCUCUACAAUGUGUCAAAUACUAAAACUGCAAAAAAAUGUGCAGGAGGUCUGCAUUUUAAACAUUUUAGCCAAUAAACUACACAAAAACUAAAACCUCUGCCAGAUUUCUGCGGAAAAAUCUUUGUUUUCCAUUUAGACCGAUGCUUUAGUUACUGUGAUAGGACCUUGCAGGAACUUGCUUUUCUUUUCCCUCGGAGUCUUGUGGUGUUAACACAACUUUAAAUAAAACGUAUUAUUGUCAUAUCUAUGGGGCUUUGCAUUUGUAGCUGAGAAGUAAAUACCAUUUUUAGCUGAAACAACAUAUUUAAAAGACAAAACAUCUGCUUGGACAGCAUUUUUCAUGGUAAGAUUAGACGUAAUACUGGACGAGAUUGUAAAUAAAUGACUAAAUGCUU